GUCUCUUUCAAAGGUUGAUCAUUUCAGGGAAGUCCCAAAGAUUAAUCAUUUAAGAAAUGUUAUAAGCAUAAAUUACUAGUUUCCAUAUUCAAACUAUGACAGAUUCUUGAAGACAUGAGGAAAGUAAUUGAAAUUUGGAGGAAAAGUCUAAUUAGUGUUUUUAAUUGAUUUGGAAAUACUAGUUUCACAUCCCGGAGAAGGAAAUGGCAACCCACUCCAGUAUUCUUGCCUGGAGAAUCCCGUGGACAGAGGAGCCUGGUGGGCUGCUGUCCAUGGGGUCGCACAGAGUCCGACACGACUGAAGCGACUUAGCAGCAGCAGCAGCAGCAGUUUCACAUCCCAUAGAGGAAUAUGUAGCACUUUUGGAGAUUAUAUUUAAAAGUCAUUGUAAUAAUGAAUUGCCUAGAGAUUCAGCCAUUACCUGGGAAUUUUCUUAGGAUUCUGAACAUUACCCAGAGUACCAGUGGAAUGCUGAGGCUGUCUCUCUCUUUGAUUCGUCUCCUGGGAGCUUGUAGCUACUCUUUCCACUCCUAGGAAAGCUAGUGGAGUAUAUGAGAUAAAGUGGGUUCCGAUUUCAUGUGGCAUGAUCAAUCAUGUCUGUCUUAUUCCAGAUGCGAGGUCCGAAACAUUUCCAGUCCACUCCGAGUGGAAGAUAAGGCAAUGGGUAGGCAGAUGACGGCGACUUCAUGGUUCCCUAUCCUUAUUCUGAGAGGCCGCCGUCAGCUGAGUUCUCAGGCCCUGGAGAAAGCAACAGAAUCUGGAGAUUGGGUUGUGGGAGGAUGGUGCAGAAGACCAACCGCUUUGCACGUCCCCAGAGACCGCCCGGGCGGGGCGGGCAGGGGUCGGCGCCCCUCCCCGGGGCGGGGCUCGCAACCCCGCAGCGGGCUCUGGGCUAGAGAGGCUGCUUCGCUGCUAGCUGCUGGCGCGAUGUACCUCCGCCGGGCGGUCUCCAAGACCCUGGCGCUCCCACUGAGGGCGCCCCCAGGCCCCGCGCCGCUCCGGAAAGACGCAUCUCUUCGCUGGAUAUCAUCUAACAAAUUCCCUGGAUCAUCUGGAUCAAAUAUGAUCUAUUAUCUGGUUGUAGGUGUCACAGUCAGUGCUGGUGGAUAUUAUACUUACAAGAGAGUCACAUCAGGGAAGGCCAAACGCAGCGAUCAUGUAACAGAUUUGAAAGAAAAAACCAAAGCGGAGUUACAUCCACCUCAAGGUGAAAAAGAGAACCUUGUGGGUGCCGAGGAAGCCAGUUUAGAAGCCCCUGAAGUAUCUUCAGCGGAAGCUUCUCCGGUGGUUACUGAAGAUAUUCCCGAUGCUCCAGCUGUGGUCGUAGAAGAGGCUCCCCCCUGUCCAGAUGACGCCGAGGCUGCUCCUGCGGAGACCGAGGUGGUCGGCGCUGAGUCUCGGCCAGAGGCGACAGGCGCGGCGACAGGGGAGACCGCAGAGGAAACGACCGCAGAGGUCACGAGCGCAGCUCCGGAGGAAGCUGCUGCCGUGGAUCGUGAUGAAGGUACAACAGAGAACGAAGGCUCUGGUGAACGUGCUGAACUGGAAGAAAAUUCUCCAGCUGAGUCAGAAUCCUCUGCCGGGGAGGAUUUACAGGAAGAAGCCUGUGCUAGUUCUGAGGCCGCCUCAGCCCAAGGUUAAUCCCAUGCUGAUUGACACCUCAGCAAAAAAAUGCCAUAGAGGGGCUGACAGGUGUCUUUGUAGUUUUAGUAACCUUAGAUUAAAAAAAAAAAAACAAACAACAAAGGCUUCUUUUCUGGAAGAUAGUAUUGUGCCUUGAGGAUUUUUGUUUUUGUUAUCUACUGAUCGAUUUCAGAAUGGAGAGAUUUGAGAUUUUACAUGUCUGAAUAGUUUUCUGCUCUCUGGGAUCAGAGUAUGACAUGGCAGUAAAGAGCUUAAAGAGUUUCAUCUGUGAAUUUAAAUUUUAUGUGACAGAGAUUGAGCUAUCUUUACAACCUUCAUUCACAUUAGUUUUGCUAUAACUCUGCCUUUCUUUAAUGUAUGUAAAUCUAGGUUCUUGACUUUUAAUUUGAACUCUAAAUAAAUUUGGAAAAUCUUUA